AUGUCCCUUCAGAGGCCUCGUCUGUUGGACGUCGUCCCAACUAUUCAGCAUGCGGCUGCUCUGGCUCUUGGAAGGCCUGCCAACUACAACGAUGACCUGUCUGAGGCACCAGGAAAGGGAGACGUUCUCCCUCAGCCUUGGCUGAUCCUGCCUCAGGCAAGGUUCUUCUGCAGGAGAGCUGUUUGGAUCUAUACUGAAAAACAAGCUUAUGCCACGAGAGAAGAUAUUAAAUUUCUGGCUAUGACUGAAGAUCCUCACCCACUCGAGUUUGACUGGCAUUUUGGGGACCAAACAGCAGUUAGAACUCCAUCCAGGACAUUCAUUACAAAAUACCUCCAUCCAGACAGGUAUACUGUGUUGAGUUGUUUUCUGGUUUGCAGGUACAACGUUACGGUCAGCAUGUCCAGCAGCCUGGGCUGUGUUAUCUCUGACGUUUAUACUGUAGUGAUUCAAAGAGCUGUGCAUCUCAACAGACUGCUGUACACUCGCUCGGUGUUGAUGAACACAACAGUACCUUUUAGCUGCAGGAUCAAUGCUGGAACAGACAUCACUUAUCUCUGGGAUUUUGGAGAUGGAACACGAAGAGUUGGACAGGACACUGAGCAUCAUGUGUUUAACAGUACAGGGGAGUUCGUAGUAGAAGUGACUGUCUCCAACCUAGUGAGCUCGGCCUCUUUAAAAGGACACGUGUUUGUUGUUCUUGAGCCAUGCCAACCUCCACCUGUAAAGAACAUGGGACCCAGCAAGAUCCAGGUGUGGCGUUACCAACCUGUGUGUAUUGGUGUGACGUAUGAAGGGCAGAUCCAGUGCAACAUCUCCAAAGGUGUCCGCUACAGCUGGACUCUCUAUGGACCGACUGGACUGCAACUCACAAGCACAGGCAUCAAAACAAACCAACAACAUCUGGAGCUUCCAGAGUACCUCCUUCAAUAUGGAACAUAUAGAGCGGUAGCUAAGGUUCAGGUUGUAGGCAGCAUAGUUUACAGCACCUACUCUGUCCUGCUCGAGGUGAUGCCUAGCGCACCUGUGAGCAUCAUCAGCGGAGGCACAAAUGUGUUUAUCAACCGCCACAACAGCAACUCAAACAUCACUGUGGAUGGACGUAGGUCAUAUGACCCAGAUUUUCCCGAUAACAUUAUGAGUUACAGUUGGAAAUGCAGGCCGGUAAACACGGCCAAGACGUCCUGUUUCUCCAAGCAUGUUCCUGCUUCCUCUGCAUUGCUGAUAUUUCCUGCAAGCGCACUGAAUUCUAACUGUGAUCUGUUCAAGUUGACGCUUACUGUACAGAGUGGAAAUCGGUCCUCUUCUUCCGAGAUGUUCAUCACCAUGAGAUCCAAACCGACCAGGUGCACAUGCAUAGCAUUAAACAUAAACAUUUCAUCUCUGUUUAAUUCAGCAUGCUGUUGCACAUGUAUACUGUUCAAAGUACGUUUCUGUGGCAGUCUGGACAUAAGCUUACCUUCCAAACUGGAGGAGGACACACGCUUCUUUCAACAGCCUGCCACUUCUGCGUCUCCAUCCAUCCUAAAUCAAAUAGAAACAUCCACAGGCGAUGAAAUUAAGAUCACACAUGACAGUGUUGUCAGCUGGCACAGACAGGGGCAUUCAGUGGAGAACCAGAAUCCAUCAUUUUUAGACCUGCUGUCUGAGAUAGACAGUGCAUCAGACUAUGAGGACUUUUAUUCUGGAAUAGAGGAAGCAGACUCAGGAGUUUCACUAGGCCGUCCAACUGGUAGACAUGCACUCUCCUUUUGACAUUCACCCCACCAUUUAGAUGAAAUGAUUUCUCAUUCAAGAGAGUAUGAGGGUGAUAACCUGGUAGGACCUGUCAACCUUGGCCAUGUGGUGUCUGAGAAAACCCUGCUGGAUCUUCACAGAGAGCUCAUCCAGCCUGCACUCUUUGAGUCUCUCACCUCAACUGGAAUAACCUCCUCUGUUAUCACGUUUAAACCCAUGAUGCUAAAGCCGAAAAAUCUUUACAUGCUGGAGGUCUCUGCAAGUUCUGAGGAGGUUCUGCAGGGAAAGACCCAGCUGUUCUUCUCCACACACCCUGCUCCUGAGGGAAUGGUGUGCCAUGUGCAGCCUAGCUCAGGUUUUGAGGUCCAUACACACUUCAGCAUCUUCUGCACUUCAGGAAAAGAGGAUCUCGUGUAUGAAUAUAGCUUUAGUGUGGGAAACUCGACAAAAAAACUCCUCUAUAGGGGCAGGGAUUACCAGCACUAUUUUUAUCUUCCAUCUGGAGAUCCAUAUGAUGAUCACAAAGUCACCAUCUACAUUACAAUUGGGAACAGAUUCGGAGCAUCUACCAAGCCAUGUCCUGUGAAUGUCAAAGUCUGGCCGAGCUUUAAGAGAAAUUCAGUGUCUGUCUCCAAUCCAGAUGAGGAACUGUAUGUUUUUUCACCCAUCAGUCCAUUCAGAUAUAUUGGUUCACCUAAUAGUAGUAAUGCAGAUAAAAAAAAUAAAAUAAUUUUUUUUCUUUGUCUAACAAUUACUGUAUUUUUUCUGUCCAGGUUUGUGUAUGGGCUGAGUAAUCUAACCACCCUGAUACAGUUGAAGAACCCCCAAGAUAUUAUUAAUUACAUAUUUCUCAUGACUGCCACAUUGAACCGCUUGAGUUUGGAUCCAGAAUCUUGUGUGAAACUACAGACACAAACACGAGCCACUCUCAUUUCGGCAAUUUGUCAGCUGGAUGCCACAAACCAGGUAUUAGCCUAUCUAUGCCACCGAUUGCUUUUAAUGGUGGAUAACACUAACGUCGUGAAUGGACAUGUUGCUGACAUGAAACUCUUCAACUGCAGCACCAGAAGAGAAAUCAAAAUGAGGCACUUGUCCACUCCACUUAUAAUUGAGUUCCAGAAGCGAGAAGAGAGAAAUGUACUCUUUAAGAGCACCGGUACAGAGUUCACACUCUCACACUCUGAAGUGAAUACACAUCAGUUCAACAUCACGGCUGAGCUCCUGAAGAAGGCUGUGCAGAUUAGAGUGGAGUUCAGAAGGCCAUCAAGAUGUGCUUUCCCCAUCCUUCUGCUCUUCAGAAUGCACCAAAGACCAACACCUUCUUUGUACAAUGUACGCAAGGUCUAUAAUUGGAAAGGACAGGUGGCUCAGAUCUUUCUACCACCUUCAUCUCAGAAAGAUGCUGGAAUUGCAUAUCUGAUGCUCCUCAAUGCUGACUAUGAUAAAAGUGCUAGAAAUAAAUACAUUGCAGAUGAAGUGGGCUACACACUGAGUGCUGAUUCCACUGAAUGUUUAGUUUGGGAUGGUGUGAAAGACUGGAGAUCUGAUGGAUGUUCCGUGCUCGAGAGUUUCACCGCAACCAAAGUCAACUGCAGGUCUGGUACUAUACUAUAUUGCAGGAAACUUCUCUUAGUGUUAUUUAAAUAUUCAUGUACAGAUUUAGCUAUGGGUGUGUAUAUUGGUAUGACAAAUUAUGUCCGUGCCAACCCGAUGGUGUGUAUUGUAAUAGUGGUAUUAGUGGCUCUCUACGCUGUGCUGUUGGUGUUUUGUAAUCAUGCUGAUGUUCAGGUGGAAAAGAAUUUGGGGAUAUUCCUCCUGCCAGACAACAAUCCUUCAGACCAGUUCCUCUAUGCUGUUACUAUCAACACAGGCUUCAGAUCAAGGGCCAGAAUGACAGCAAAGGUUCAUUUAGUUCUGUAUGGUGAGAAACGAGUAUCUCAGACAAGAGAGCUCAGCAGUCCUGACCACACACUCUUCACCCGCAAUUCCAGGACAACGUUUAUUUUGAGCUCAGCUCAGAGUCUGGGCCAAAUAUGGCAAGUGCAUGUGUGGCACGAUGGAGGAGGUGCGUCUCCCAGUUGGUUCCUGAAUCAUGUGACGGUGAAGGAUAUAGUAGAUGGAUCAAGUUGGACCUUUCUGGCGCAGUGCUGGUUGGCAGUAGAUGAAGGAGAUGGACGAGUGGAGCGAAAGCUGCUUGCUUUAGACCGACAGCUCACAUUCAGAGAGCUGCUGCAUCUGAAUCUCACUGAUUGCUUAGAGGACUUCCACCCAUGGCUGUCUGUGUACAGUCGGCCAUCUUACAGCACGCAUUCACACACUCAGCGCCUGAGUGUAUGUCUCCUGCUGCUGCAGGCUUACAUGUGUGCUAACUCCGUACUCAUAUACAUUCAAGAAGACCAGUGCUGGUUGGAAUCAGGCCUGAUUGGUGUUUCACUACGUUCAGUGUGGACAGGACUGUGUGGACUUACUCUGCUGCCUUUAGGCUCUCUUGUGUCCUUCCUCUUCCGUAUCAGCAAGGUUUUGAAGGCAUGUGAUUUGGAGUCUAUGACCUGCAGCGGACUGACAGAAAGCUCAGCACUGCAGAAGCCCACGGACUCUAUCUCUAGCAUUGAAAUUACCGAAGAAAAUAUUCCCGAUGGCAAUGACAAAUUACAGCCUGACCGUUUCAAAAACACCCAAUUCAACCUCCAAACUAGCUCUUUUCCAGCACACCCAGCGAUGGUGCUGGCAGCCCGUCAGAGAGCCAGAUACCUGCGGCUCGCACGUCCACCUACUUCCACUGAGCUUCAAAGUGUGAGGAGCCAAAUUAAAAAGAGGACACAUCUUCAGAAAACAAUAAGGUCUCUAUGUACUUUAUGCUUAACAAAUAAUAAUAAAAAGAGAUGGUCUGAAGCAUCCAGCAGGCUUAAGAAACUGUGGACUUCAGGCUGGACUGGCAGCUCCACCCAUGCCGUAAUGCUGCAAUUCACUUUAUACAGCCCUGUUUAUAACCUCUUUACCACGGUCACCAUGCUUGGAGAAACGACGUGCAUGGGAGCUGUUCUACCGUCAGUCUACAUUUACUCUACCAGACUUCAUCACUCUGCCUCUGCCCUUGAUUACUGCACUACAGCUGGAGAGGUGGGAAAAAAUCAUUACAAACCUGAUCAUGUAAAGCAUGACCUUUUCUGUUUUUUUCUACAGAAUUUUGUCCUGGAAGAGUUUGAGGAUCUCGUUGAUGAGCUCCUGGUCAAGCUCAACGUCAUUUCCAGUAGCGAUGAAGACCAGGACAACUAUGAGGACCAGAAUACGCUUCAGUCAGCAUAUGACUACAGCUCAGAGGUAGACAUUAUACAGUAA